AUGGGAGAUCCUGUUGAUCCAAAUCAUAUAGUUGCACCUUCUAAGAUUUUAACAUAUGCAGAUAGACUCAAGGGUAGGAAAGAGCUUCCUAAAACCUCCGUCGAUCUUUCUUCUCUGCCAAACCCUACUUUGAAAGAUGGAAAACCUUCUAUUGAGAUUCCUAAUGAUUUAUAUCCGGAAGGAUGUGCGUUAUGGAAGUUUAGUCUUAUUGGAAGGUUAGACUUCAAAGAACUUAACUUUUCUAACGAGGAUAAAGUGAAGAUUUUACAGGCUGAACAAUGGGUUGUUGCUCAACAGAAACUAAAUCUCAUGGAAUGGUUUCCUAGUUUUGAUGCUGACAAACAAAGAUCUUCACGUUCCACAGCUUGGGUCAAGUUUCCUGGGCUUCCAAUGGAAUUCUGGAUUGAAAAAACGUUACUUGCAAUGGGGAAAACUCUAGGAUCUCCUAUUGUUUUUGAUAAAAGAACGUUGGCGCAUGAGUAUGGACACUUUGCUUCGGUCCUCAUUGAUAUUGAUUUUGCUGAGCUCAAAUCUGAUGAUAUUAAUGUCACUGUGGGAGGACGUGAGUUUUGUCAACCUUUUGAGAUCCUUAAAAGACCUAAAUUCUGUUCUAAGUGCAGCAUUAUUGGGCAUUCAGAUGGGGAAUGUAGAAAGAAAACAAGAGGUGAAGCUGUCAAAGCUCCGAAAGUGGCUGCUGAUUUGCAACAGGCUAUUGUGUUAGUUAACAAGCAACAACAUCAUGAGAACAAUGCUGGUACGGAAUGGAAAGAAGAUAGGCGAAAGAAAAAGGGAAAGACAGCUCCGUCUAUUCCUUUUGUGCCUGAAAAGAUUACUCACGUUGGUGAAGGUACUUCAAAUAAUGUUGCUGAUAAUGUUUUGUGCAUCAAUGACACUGUUGAGUUGGAACAACAGUUGCAGGAUAGUUUAGCUCAAUCUGAAGCUGUUUUGCGUAUGGCAUCUGCUGAGGUUGAAAAACACAAGCAAGCCAUUCUUACGCAUUCAAUAUUAGCUAGUAAAGCUAGGAUUGAUAUUACAUCCUCGUCCACACCUUUGUGUAAUGCGCUUGAAGAAACUUCAGAAUUUGUCUCUAACAACAAGUUUAACAUCCUAAGUGACAAGGCUGGCAAUGAUGUUUUGGUUUUCAGUAAACUUGGUGAGCUUACAAAACAAGGUAAGAGGCAGCAGGUUAUAGAUAUGCAAAACAAAUUGAAUGCGUUAACUGAUCAGGAUCAGGAUUCCUUGUCAGACUCGGAUGAGACAUUGGGUAUUCGUGCUCGUAAGGAAUCAGUUCCUAAAUCCUCCUCAAACUCGGUUAAGCAAUUGAAUCUAAAUAAUAAACUCCAACCCAGAGUUUAA